CGAGGUUCCCCGCAAUCCAUAAAUCACGUCAUCUUCCACCAUGCAUUUCUGACAUUGAUUAUGGAAUUCGAAGCAGACGUUAUGUGAUAUAAACUUGGACACGAUCCACCGUUUUCAAAGAGUGCAAGGCAACACCCUUCCGUAUUUCUAGUUCUUUAAACAUUCCACUUGAAGAUUUUCUCUGAAAAUUCUUAUUUUAAGUCAAUUUGUUGUUGUUUUAAGAGGUCUUGUAUGCGUUUGAAUUAUAAUGAUGAACCGAGUUUCCAUCAUAUUGAUGAGAUCGAUGCAUAAUUAGAUUCAUAAAAGACUCAGACUGCAACAAUCGUCCUGGUGAAAUAUGACGACGCCGGCUGACGAAUGUGGCAUCAAAGUCGUCUGUCGUAUCCGGCCUUUGAACUCCUCGGAAGAGAAGGCAGGGAGUAAAUUCGUGGUUAAGUUCCCGACAGAAGACUCUAUUAACUGUGGUGGGAAGCUGUUUGUGUUUGACAGAGUUUUGAAACCCAAUGUCACUCAAGAGCAGGUCUACGAGACAGCAGCUAAACCUAUUGUAGCUGAUGUAUUGGGUGGGUACAAUGGAACAAUUUUUGCAUAUGGACAGACAUCCUCUGGCAAAACUCAUACAAUGGAGGGUGUUCUGGGAAAUGACAAGAUGCAUGGAAUUAUUCCAAGGAUCGUUCAGGACAUCUUCAGUUACAUUUAUGGAAUGGAGGAAAAUCUGGAAUUCCAUAUCAAAGUUUCAUAUUUUGAGAUCUACAUGGAUAAAAUCCGAGAUUUGCUGGACAUUUCCAAGGUGAAUUUAUCAGUACAUGAAGACAAGAAUAGAGUUCCCUAUGUCAAGGGCGCCACAGAAAGAUUCGUGUCGAGUCCUGAAGAAGUGAUGGAAGCCAUUGAUGAAGGAAAAGCUAAUCGUCAUGUCGCUGUCACCAAUAUGAAUGAGCAUAGCUCUCGCUCACACAGUGUGUUCCUCAUUAACGUGAAACAGGAAAAUCUCGAGAACCAGAAGAAACUUAAUGGCAAACUGUACUUGGUGGACUUGGCAGGAAGUGAAAAAGUCAGCAAAACAGGAGCUGAGGGCGCCGUGUUGGAUGAAGCUAAAAAUAUCAACAAAUCAUUAUCAGCUCUUGGGAAUGUCAUCGCUGCCCUGGCUGACGGGAAUAAGAGCCAUGUUCCAUACCGAGACAGCAAACUGACUCGUAUCCUCCAGGAAAGUUUGGGAGGAAACGCUCGAACGACCGUCGUCAUCUGCUGUUCCCCAGCCUCCUUCAAUGAAGCGGAAACCAAAUCUACUCUGCUCUUUGGUCAGCGAGCUAAGACAAUUAAGAACAUUGUAUCCGUGAAUGAAGAACUGACAGCGGAAGAAUGGAAGAAGAGAUAUGAGAAAGAGAAGGAGAAAGCGGCGCGGUACAAAGGGCUGUUGGAGAAAUGUCAAGCUGAGCUCCAAAAGUGGCGCAGUGGUCAAUCUGUUACGCUGGAUGAACAAGUAGACAUGAAGGCCAGCACCGCGUCCUUACAGGAGGAGGAGAAACAGCCCCCGCCCCCCGCCCUGACAGCCAGCGUCAGCUCCACACUGGACGAGAACACCAAGGCACAGCUGGAAGAGGAGAAAAUGAAACUCUACGAACAGCUGGAUGAUAAGGAUGAGGAAAUUAAUGAACUGUCUCAGAUGAUAGAGAGAUUGAAGGAACAAAUGCUGGAACAGGAAGACCUGAUUACCAUGGGAAAACGAGACUACGAUUCCCUACAGCAGGAAAUGACCCGGAUACAAGCCGAUAACGAUUCCGCCAAGGACGAGGUGAAGGAAGUCCUGCAGGCGUUGGAGGAGUUGGCGAUGAAUUACGACCAGAAAUCUCAGGAAGUCGAGAACAAGAACAAAGAAAACGAGACCAUCGUGGAGGAACUGAACCAAAAACUGAGUGAGCUGGAUAACAUCAAGGCAGAGUUUGAGAAGAUGAAGGACUCAUCUCUCCACCAAAGGAAGAAGAUGACAGAGAUUAUGGGUAGUCUGAUGAAGGAUAUGUCAGAGAUAGGAAGUAUUGUAGGAGGCAAUGCUAACGAGUUCAAGUUUAGCGGGGGUAGCCCUGACAAGCUGGAGGAGGAUUACACAGUAGCCAGGAUUUACAUCACGAAGAUCAAGAGUGACAUCAAGACACUUGUGUCUCGAUCUCAGCAGCUCGAGGUGACCGAGACGGAGGUCAAAGAGAAACUCAGCAGUGCCGAGAAAGAUCUCAGUGACUGUAAACUCACAAUACAACAGUAUGAAGCUAAGAUGUCAACACUGAAUGAAACAAUUAAAGACAUUGAUAACAAGAAGAAGCAGCUCCAGGAAACAGUGGACUCCCUCAAUGAUCAAGUAGAGAUGCUCAAAAUGGAGGAAAAAAUGCAUUUGAGCUCAGUCUCAGAGAGGGAAAAGGAAGCAUCCGAUCGAGUCCAAAAUAUAUCAGCCAUGAAGGAAUCUCUGGAGAAACAGAUGGAACAACACCGAGAACAGCACGCCAAACAUCUCGCCGAGCUCAGAGAGGAGGUGGCUGAGAAGCAGAGUCUGAUAGACCAGCUCAAAGAUACAAACCAAAAGUUGAGUCUGGCACUGGAGAAACUUCAGGCUGAUUAUGACAAACUGAAGACAGAGGAAACAGAAAAAUCUCAGAAACUACAGGAACUCUCGCUAAUGAAUGACCGACGAGAGCAGGCCAAACAGGACCUCAAAGGCCUCGAGGAGACGGUGGCCAAAGAGUUACAGACUCUUCACAACUUGAGGAAACUGUUUGUACAAGACUUACAGAACAGAGUCAAAAAGUCAGCCAAUAAGAAGGAUGAUGAGGAAGAGGAUGAUAUAGGAGGAAGCAUGGCACAGAAACAGAAAAUAUCAUUCCUAGAGAACAAUCUAGAACAACUGACCAAAGUCCACAAACAGCUUGUGCGUGACAAUGCUGAUCUGAGAUGUGAGCUGCCUAAACUGGAGAAGAGACUGAGGGCCACCAUGGAGAGAACAAAGUCACUGGAGACAGCUCUAAAAGAGGCAAAGGAAGGAGCCAUGAGAGACAGGAAGAGAUAUCAACAUGAGGUAGACAGGAUUAAGGAAGCUGUCCGCCAAAAGAACUUGGCCAGACGUGGUCACGCGGCACAUGCACAGAUUGCAAAACCUAUACGCGCUGGUCAUGCUCCAGCAGCUUCACCGGGAUCAACAGGGAUACGAGGGGGAGGUGGGGGCAUGAACGGCCCCACCCCCAUCAAACCAAAAAUGGAGACGGAGUCACAGGCUUAAUGUGUUGACAAUAUUGUGUGAUAAACUUUAGAAGAAGAAAUUUCCUUUGUUGUGAACAAAAACAUUCUAUAAAUACGGGGAAAAUGGGCAAACUUCAUGCUUAGAUGUUGUUGCACACUGACCUUAGGUCAAAGGUCAAGGUCAAUAACUAGACAUCAUAUGCCUUGUUUUCAGUGUUCCGAGCAUUGUGUUGUGUUAUUUUCACCUCGGCUUCAGCAUUAUCAGUCAGUCUUAAUACUAAACAUUGUGCUGAUUUGUAAGUGUUUACACAGAAUUAGUUGUUUUCUGACUUAGAAAUCCUUGUUAGAUUGCAUUAUGUACUGUAGAUGUCAUCUGGUACAUAAAAAUGAAGAAAAUAUAUAUAUAUAUAAAAAUAUGAAUAUAUAAAAAAGGGGGUGAAAGGGAACUUUUUAUGUUUAAGAAAGAAAAAUUAGUUUCAUCUAAAAUUGUAAGUGGCAUCAUUACUUUUUAAUUUAUUAGUUUCUUACAUUCAAGUAGAAUGACGAGUCGAUUAUGUGGAAACAAACAGCAUAAGUCUUACUUAGCAGAAACGCUUACUAAACAUGUACAUAACUGUGUUCAGUAGUUUUUGUUUUGUCAUUCUUUUUGAUAGUUCAGCCUAGCUGAUGUUUGAUUUUAACUUGAUUUUGUAGAAUCCUACAUUGUAAGAGGCAAACAAUGUAUACCUUAUUUAUUGAAUGUGUUAGUACUGUGGUACAGAAAAAAAUUUGUAUGUUUGAUAAUGUGAAUAUGUAUCUACUUUUUUGAAGAGAGUGGAAAUGGCAUUUUCUGGUCUGUCAAGCAGAACUACCCAGGUUUGAAAUUUGAUAAUUUUUUGUACAUUUUAACAGGUAAAUUUCAAUGGGGGGGGGGUGCCAUUUUUGCAACUUUAUUUCUUUUACUCGUCCAAGCAAAUUCAGUGACCGAAAAAAAAACUAAUCCAUGCAGUAUAUUAUGAUGCUGUAGGGUUGUUUGUGUCCUUUAUCACAAGAAUGUGAGGAGGACCAUGGAGAUAAUAACAGUGUUUAAUGUUAAAAUUCUUUUGGCUGUGAUGAUUUGUGUGAGAAUAUUGGCUAGAAGUCAGAAAGUAGUGUUGUCCAAAACUCAUAGUUUGUUAAGAGAGAGCAAUGCCAGUUAAAGCAUUGUACAGUUUUAGAUGUAGAAAUUAAUGACUGAGUUUGAAGUCAUUGAGUGUUAAAUGUCAAAAUUAGGUCUGUAGGCUAAAGGAUUGUCUUAAGGUGCAUUUACAAGAUCUCAUUAGCAUGUCAAAAUCUCCAUUAGUAUGUCAGAGACGAUGAAGAAAAAAAUGUUGGUUUGGUAGAUCUCCUGAGUCAUAAUUAGUGUGUCAGAGACGAUGAAGAAACAAAUGUUGGUUUGGUAGAUCUCCUGAGUCAUAAUUAGUGUGUCAGAGACGAUGAAGAAACAAAGGAGGAAUCAAGUGUGUAAAAUGAUGAAGUAUAGAAAUGAUGGUGGUGGUUUUCCUGCAGCCAUUUCUUCCUCUGGCUUUCCUUUUCUGAUUUAGGGAUGUGUCAGUGGUGAAUUGUUUGAUAUUCCAACAGCUGGUGGGUGUGUCAACAAAGGGAGAAUAUGUAUACUUUAUAAUGGAAGGGAAAAAAAGAUCCCCUAAAGAAGGAAAGGUUAGGUGUUAAUAAAGGGGAAUGUACUGCCUGCAGCUAUACUGUGUUUCGCUAGAAAGGCGGUAAUAAAAGUAUGAGAUGUAUGUGUUUAUGACCAGAUUUACAGGCUACUGGUUUAAAACUAGGUCGUCUACGUGGGGCUCUAUACACCUAAGGUUCCUCGUCCUCUCUGUUCACUCAUAGUAAAUUUUGCUUCAUUGCUAAUGAUUUUCCAAAAGAAAUCUUAUCUUAAGUAGAAAUGCUCACAACUUCAGCAUACCUUGAGGAACAAAAUUUGAUAGAAGUAGUCUUUAAACUUAACAAUUUUAUAAAGGAAUAAAUAGUCAAAUAUCCAGUGAGAGUUAUCUCUCUUAUCAGUUGGUAGAUGUACCUUAAAGCUUAGGAAUUUAAAGAGAGGGGUUAAAGUGACUUUUCCUGGUUUAAAUUACAGUCUAUCCCGAAUAUCUUGAAUAUGGUAUCCCCCCCCCCCCCCCAAAAAAAAAAACUUGAAGGGAUCAAGAUAUCAGUCAUUUUGUAACAUCUCUGAACUGAAGUGUUGAAGAGUCAAUUUUGUAUUCAAUAUAUUGGUGUACAAGAUAACUAAAGAUGAAUGGAAUUAUUGUCUUAUCUUUACAAUUAUGUUUGAGCUGCAUAUCACCAAAUGUCUGUCAAAAACAGUUGUCUGGGAAAAAUGUUUUAUAUGCUAUUUUCCAAAAUAAAAUUAAUUUUGAAUUGAGGAUUGAAAUGAGUUAGAGAUGAAAUUGAUCAGCAAGGGAAAUUUGAAGAGUGGUGUUUAUGUUGUAUUAAAAUGUUUAUUUCGUAGGUGGGAUGUUUUGUUGUUACGUUUCUUCCAGUUUAAUUUGCAAAAGUGAAGUCUUUCAUUCUGUGUGUAUAUGUAGGUAUAGAUUUUGCUGUGGGUAGUCUGUGUGGAAAAAAGCUUUGCUGGAAAAGGGUGAAAUGGAUGUUUUGUGUUCAGGAGCUUCAUUGUCUGUUCAUCUGUCCGUCUAAUCAUAGGUGGAAUAUAGAUUUUAAUUCACAUCUGCUAAUUUAUUGUAGUUUGAGCUGUAACUUACAAAAACCAAUGCUAUAUGAAAAGUCUACAUGGAAUUUGAAACCAAGUUAAAUGACCUAAUUUUGAGAUUGGUGGUUUUUGAAAUUUUUUUGAAUAUUUUUUUUAGUUUUUAUAGGAGAUAAUUUAAUUGAUUCAUUAGAUAAAUUGAUAGGAAGUGAUACUAUAAAUACUUAUUGCCUUGAAGUUUGGAUAAGUUUAGAAAAAAAUCAUACGAAGCCAUGGAGUAUGUACAAGUUUCUAUACUUGAAUUAAGAUAUUGUAUUGUAUUGUAGAAUAAAGUAAUCUGUACUGUUUUACAUCUAAAAUUCAUGUAUUUUCAAGCUAUACUGUAUUGAAUCCAUUCCUUUUUGUGUUUUAUGGUGUAAUAUUGUAUGUUUAAUACACAGGGACUGUAACAUAGUAUGUUUGAGUUUACUUGAUCACUAUACCUCUUGUAAGUAUUUGUAUGUAUAGUGAUGGCAUAAAAUCAAGCAGUAGAAGGUUACAUGUCCUCGUGGUUUAGUGCUUGUUAAUGCAUUAUAUAUAAGUGGAUAUCUAAUGGAAUACAAGAAUUACAUCAAGGAGCUUAUUAUUGAUGAUACUAUAAUAUAUGUAACAUUGUAUUUCUGAGGAACUCUACCCCAUGCCUCUCAUUAAUGUAUUGUGUAUAGCUGAUUAUAAUGCUUUGUAACACAGUUUUGUUAUGACAUUUGAUUUUGAUGUCAAAAAAAGUAUUGUAUUGUCACUGUAUACUGACUUUAUAGUUAGUGCAAUAAUUUAUAAUUCUCAGGAUUGAUGACGCGCUGCAAACCAUGAUCUGCUUUGAUGCUCUGUUACAAAAGCUGGGUAUGUAAACGGGAGAAUGUCUUCAUUCGUAUAUUUAGGUACACAGAAACAUACACAAACACACACACACACAUUGCAAAAUCAUAUAUGCACAUGUACUUUGUUGGGACUUAUUUAUUUAAAUAAUUCUGUAGAAAAAAAAUACAAAAUAACUUGCGAUAGAUUCUUAAUUAGACUCAAAAUUAAUAGAUGUGAAGUAAAUAUAUUUAUUCAGUUAAAAAACAUUGGUAUUUGCCUGCUAAGAUUUUUGAUUCAUUUUCAUAGUGCUAUCCAAUUAAUUAUUUUGUUUUUGCCACUGAUUUUUGCGGUCAGAAUCACGCUUUUAUGAACACCUAUGAUUGUCUCUGUUAUUCUGAAGUAAAGGGUCUCCAACUGGAUGUAUUUGAACACUUAGUUAAUCUAUACAGUACUCCGUAUCUGGCGUUUUUUUUAUGCCAGUUUCUGCUUGCCAGCGUUAUUUUUGUUUUGGAGAUACGUGAUGUAAAUUUCUCUGCUAAGAACAAUAAAUUAUUCACAGAAACGUGA